UACUCCGGAAGUGGGCUAUUAGGAGCGGAAGUGGACCCCGGCUGGGGUCGGCCGCCGUUGCGGGAUGGUGGGCGGCGGCGGAGGCGGUGGGCUGCUGGAGAAUGCAAACCCCCUCAUCUAUGAGCGCUCUGGGGAGCGGCCCGUGACUGCAGGGGAGGAGGACGAGGAGGUUCCCGACAGCAUAGACGCACGGGAGAUCUUCGAUCUUAUUCGCUCCAUCAAUGACCCAGAGCAUCCCCUGACGCUAGAGGAGUUGAACGUCGUCGAGCAAGUUCGGGUUCAGGUUAGUGACCCUGAGAGCACAGUGGCAGUGGCCUUCACACCCACCAUUCCGCACUGCAGCAUGGCCACCCUUAUUGGCUUGUCUAUCAAAGUCAAGCUUCUGCGGUCCCUUCCCCAGCGUUUCAAGAUGGAUGUGCACAUUACCCCAGGAACCCAUGCCUCGGAGCAUGCAGUGAACAAACAGCUUGCAGAUAAGGAGCGAGUAGCAGCUGCCCUGGAGAACACCCACCUACUGGAGGUUGUGAAUCAGUGUCUGUCAGCUCGCUCCUAAGCUUGGCUUCUGACCCCCCAGCCUGCACACUGUUCUCUACUGGCCCCAGCUGCAUCCAGGGGUCAUGACUUUGUUUUCUUGAAUCACUGACAAUGAGAAAUUAACAUUUUGCAUUUUGUAAUAAACCUUUAAUUUAUAUUCA